UAGUUGACUGUCGAGUGCGCGACGGUGUGCGACGCGGGACGUUCCGCUGAAUGAAUGACGUAACCUAUAUAUACAAAUAUCGCGUAUCGGUCGCGCGCUACGUGCCGCCUCUCGUGACUCCGCAGCUCGCGGAGAAUAGUGUGGUGACAGCGACUUAUUCACGCGUCCCGCGUUACGAGCCGUGAACACACCGUCCGGUGGCGUCGAACGCGGAGCGUAGUGUAGUGCGCACGCGACGCGCACAGGCGGAAACGGGGGCAGAGCAGAGCGGAGCGGCGUGGUACGAAGCGGGAGCAAAAGCGAAGCAAGAGCGGCGUGGCGUGGCGUGGCGUCGCGCGUUGCUCCCCGCGGCACGUGCGUUUUACGAGCGUUUACGAGCGACAUGGCCGCGGACUGCGUCGCGGACGGUGACUACCUCGGCGAGUACUCGCGGUUCUUCGCCGAGUUCGUCGCCAGGGUGAACCCCGAGGAUCAGCUGCCGGUGAAGGUGAGCGUCUACGACGUCAACGAGAGCGAGCUCGUCGGUGAGAUCAUCAGCGUGACUCUACAGUACCUCAAUCGAAUAUACUGUCCACCAAGCUUACAGUCUUACAUCGCACGUCUCGUGAUACAAGCGAUCAAAUCAACAUGCAAGAAACAGCCGGAAAUCUGCGGACUGAGGCAGCAAGAAAAGACGUACGCGCCUUUGAAGCUUAUGCAAGCCGUCACGAACGAAGUGAACGAGAUCUGCAGGCGGUAUCUAGAUAACAGCAGGCUAGCCCUCCUGCCACCGCCUUCGUCCACGCCACAAGUGACAGUAGGUGCUAUUAGGAAUGCCAGAAGAAAAAUGGAAGAUCGCCACAUGAUCCUGCACGACUUAAAUACCAUGUUUAAUAUUCAGGAUGAUACAAUUGUGGAUUACUACGCCGUGUUCGAUGGCCACGGCGGACAGGAUGCCGCGGCGUAUUGCGCGACUCAUUUGCAUCAGUAUUUGGUCGAGAGUGUGCACUAUCCCACAGAUCCCGAAAGCGCGUUGCGCGAUGCCUUCUUAACUACCGAUGCGCAAUUUAUAGCAAAGUCAAGUACGCAGAAAUUAAACGGUGGAACCACCGCGGUUUGCGCGUUGUUGAUCAAUAAAAAAUUAUACAUCGCUUGGGUCGGCGACUCCAUGGCUUCGUUGGUUACAUUCGGCGGCAACGUAAAACAAUUGGUGAAUCCUCAUCGACCCGCACGAGAAGACGAGAGCGAGCGGAUUCGCAAUAUGGGAGGAGUCGUCGUCCAUUGUAUGGGUGUUUUGCGAGUAAACGGAUUUCUCAGUAUAUCUCGAGCCAUUGGCGAUGUCCCGUAUAAACCGUACAUCAGCGGCGAGCCCGAGGUUCGAUGCGUAACUCUAGACGGAACCGAGGAUUUUCUCAUAAUCGCCUGCGACGGAUUAUGGGAUUACGUGGAUCAGAGGACCGCGGCGCUCCGCGUCUACCGGCAGGUGCUGCAAAACCCUUACGAUCUCAAACACGUGCAUCAAGCUCUGCUACAAAGUGCUAAACGCGCAGGAUCUUUGGACAAUAUCACCAUAAUUGUAGUGUUCCUGAGGUCACCGUCCGAGAUCGCUUCGCGGAAUCAGCUCCUAACGCAUCAAGCAUCGAAUGGUCUAUUACUGAACAACAUGGAUCCGAAUAAUCCGCUCCCGUUGAAUCACUUCGAUGUAAAACCGAGCUAUAUCAAGCAACUGAUCGACAACAAUGCGGAUGAACGUGAUUAUGAUAUGGAUUUGCUUUUUGAAAAUUCUGUCUGCGGAAUGGCCAGAAAUGGCAAACAUCAGGAUGACGACGACGACGAAUAUGAUUAUACGGAUGUAGGUCCGGAGACCGACGUCGACGCCGGCGAGGACGUGCAUGACAACAAUUAUCAGCCCCUCGCCGCAUCGUCGUCGCCCGAUCCAUCCCCCGAUCCAUCCCCCGAGAGCGAGAAGUCGCCGGUGGAGGCCGAGAAGCACAACGACGACGACAGGAACGACAACAACGAUUAUUCUAACCGCGAGAAUGCGAACGUCUGUCCGGUGGACUCGGUAGUAGACGACGGUGACGUAGACAAUCGUGUCCGACCGAAUGACAAAGACGUUCGCGACGCGGACAACGAAACGCCGCGCGAUAACGGUGACGACGACAACGACGAUGCGCGUGUCGAGACUGCUGGCACGCAUACCGUCGUGGACGAUGACGAGUCGCCACCCUCGCCGCGAGCUGCUAAACCUCCUCAGGAUGCGGAGAUCGUAGCGGAUAAUGUAGCAGACAGUGAGGAUUCCGAGGACGAGUGGGAUUAUUACCGUAUUGAUCCGAAGAAAGAGGAAUCAUCAGCGACAACAAUUGUAUUAGACGAAUCGUGCAAAAGUGUUGAGGAGCAAAGUGCGGAGAAUCCAGAAUUUGUUGCGAAAGAUAGCUCAGAAGUUCAAAUUUCGGAAGUAGAGAAAGAUAUUAAAUGCGAAGAACAAUUAGUGAAAGAUAAUUCUUCAUCUGAGCUUAUAAACAUCGAUAUAAGUGACGAAACAAAAUCAACCGAAUCCCAACAGAGUCAAAAUCUACAAAAAGAGCAGAAACAAGAAGAUAUGGAUUUCCAAUUGAAUCCGGAGGCAGCUGAGUUCGUACCGUUAUCACCACCAUUACGAAACACUCACUUCGAGGAUCGUCCCAUCAGCGGUUCUCCCUUGAAACAAACUCAAGCAAUGGAUGAUAUUCAUGUACCAAGCCAGAGCGAAUUCGAAAAAGAAGUUUCUUAUCGACCAAAGGACGUUGGUGAAGAUUUCUUACAUGAGGAACAGUUACCUACAGGAGCAGACAUACAGAAUACUAGCUCGCAGAGUAUGGAUAUAUCCGAGAUUUCAUCGACCAAGGCCGAAAUGGGUGACGACGAAUCCAUGAUGGCGCAAAUGUCUAUCUCACAAACAGGCUGGCAGCCAGAUAUCUCUCAUUGGAAUGACGAAUCGGAGAUGGAUCAUUUCGUUUCGGACGAUGCCGAAAUGAAACAUGAUCCUAUGGCUAUGUCGUUCGCUCCAAUUAAUUUCGAGACGGAGCAGAAAAGUAUCGAUCUGAAUGCCGUGCACCCAUUGGACGACAGUUCAGAUGGAGCUGAACAUGGAAGCACGCCGCCGCGUUCACUCGAAUUAUACGUGAACGAGGAUCGAGUGCGCACACCUCCGCUCUCGGACGAGGAUAGGAGUGCAACCAAUAUUUUGUGCGCGUCAACGCCACAACUCCCACAAUAUUCCGACAGUAAUUCUGAAGACAAGCCGGAGAGUUCAAUAAAUGAGAGUGAAAAGAUUAAUCUAAGUUCAGAUAUAAGCGAUGAUACAAGCCAAGAUACAAACAGAGAAAGACAUGUAGAAGCACACAUAUAUACAGCCUUCGAUUCAUCUGCGAAUAAAGUAUUUAAUGAUAUGUCAGACAGGCUUACUGUAGCGUAUACUUCCUCCUCUUCUGAAAAUAAUACCAAUUUAUCAGUAUCCUCUGAGAAACUUUCUGAGACGAUAUUGGCAGAAGACGUGAACAAACAAAAAGAGGAAGAAGACGUGAACAAACAAAAAGAGGAAGAAGAUGUGAACAAACAAAAAGAGGAAGAAAACGUGAACAAACAAAAAGAGGAAGAAGAUAUGAACAAACAAAAAGAGGAAGAAGAUUUAUGUAAAAACGAGGAUGCUAUAGACACGCAGUCUCCAUCAGCAAAAAUGACAUUUGAAGAAUGUAAACAACUGACAAAUCUAGAAAGGUUGCAGCAUAGAGAAGAAUCUCCAGAUUUUUCAGAUUCUUCAGAUGCUCUUGUACCACAUCAUCCAGUUUUUGAUUACGAGUCACCUGAUUAUCCUCCACGUAUACCAUGUCCAAAACCAUUAUUACCAGAACACGUAGGCAUGCAAACAGCAGAUAUAAAAGAAAUGUACGUGAUCAAUGAUGAUGUUCCUUCUAAAAGUAUUCCUGAAAAAGAUCUUUUUAAUGAACCAUCAAUCAAAAUCAAUCAGGAAGAGCAGUCAAACCAAUCUACUGAUUGGACAGAUUUCUAUAAACCAGAUAAAGUGAUGUUGCACUUUGAAAGUCCUCAGACUCAAGAGUGUAAUUUUUUAUAUGAAGAUGGUCUUAAAAUGAUGAAAAAAAUCGAAACAGAAAGUAAAGAUGAGAAAUUGCGUGAUAAAGACGAAGAUAACAACAAUGAAGAUGAUAACAACGAUCAAUUCAAAUCAACGGACAAUAUAAUCGAAUCAAAUCCGCCUGAUUUUAUAGAAAAAUUUACUUUUAUGUCGGAACAUGAGUUGCAACAUGAAAAUCAGACGACUGAAGAAAACAAGCCGAUGGAAACUUUAAUGAUUGAUACACAAACUGAACAAGAGCAAACGGAAAACAAAGCUGCGGAAGUUGCAUUUACAGAUGUCAGUAAAAUAACCGAGCAAAAAAUUGAGCUUGUUUCUGAGGAUAUCCUUCCGAAACAAGAAGAGUCUGUGGAAAUAUUAUCAGAUAUUACGGUAAUAACAGAUCAACCUAAAGAAGUCACGGGAAUUGCGGAAGAGACAAUAGGAGCUGCCGUUGCUGCAACGGCAGUGGCAGCUGUUGCCGAUGCCACAAGCUCUGCUAAGGCGAAAACCACUACGACAACCGCGAAAUGUCAAACAAAAAAUACAACAACAAAAAGAACAAAGUUGACAACAAAACCGCCCACAAAAUCUACACCGACUUCGCCCUCCAAAACGAUCACGCGAACAACAGCAUCAUUACCUGCACAGUCAAUUGCGAAGAAACCCAUUACGAAUACUGCAUCUCGGCCCAAACAACUGGACGGAUCAGCAAAAACAACGCUCUCAAGCACCACUGCUAAAACUAUCGCCACGAAGGUAACGACAAUACCUGCAAAGCCUGCAACGACAACAGCGACAAAGACCAGCACCUCUCCUCGUUUGAGCUCCGGUACAACGAGAUCAAAAACUACAACUACCACCUCAUCGAAAGUGAGCAAGAACAGUCGAAAAAAGACAACGAUAAGUGGUGACACGAAACCCGCUAAUAAAUCUACCACCGCGAAACCAGCAAGUACGAGUCUCAGAACAACGACCACUAACGCGACUACGAAAACUACAUUGGUCAAAACGUCGACAACCGCGAAAACAUCGACAUCCAAUGUAACGUCGAAACCAAGACCCUCGUCUGCGACUUCAACUGUUAAGACCACAUCGACAUCGAAAGAGACAGCUGGUGUCAACGGCGUGUCGAGGCCCAAAACCGCUCCGUCUUCUGGCAAUACACCUAAGUCGCGUGAAGGUGCUGGUAAAACGGUCACAGCCACGACCGUUAAAUCACCAUUGAUCGACAAACAAAGUAAAGAAACAGUCAACAAGCAAAUUUCCCGUUCUGGAAUAUCGACGACACCCAGGGUCGGUAAUCGCGCCUCCAUGCCUGCUAGUACGACCGGCGUCACGAAGUCACGCACAUCGAUCGGGAAAUCAACCGGGAAUGCUUCCGCAAUCUCGCCAACGAAGAAGUCCUCUCCGACAUCGAAGGCUGCAUCGAAGACUCCUGAAACGAAGCGUAUGAUCUUGCCUUUGAAUAACACGCACAAGACGCUGCAGAAUGGAAUUUUACAAGCGGUCGUUGCUUCCAAGGAGAAUGCGAUAACAGCCGCCGUCAUAUCGACGAGCGACAAGCCCGAGGAUGACGUACCGCGGAAGGACGCGUCACCGGUGAACGUGCCGACCGAUAAUCAGCUGAUUGCCGAUUGAACGGUCGAUCGGUAAGCUGCGAACGAUCCGCCGCUUUGCGACGACAUAUGUUGGCCUAGGGAUUACACGUCGUCGCGGAUUUUACGUGAACGGACAAAUAGGUUUCUCCUUAUUAUUGUUUAACGGACAGAACACGACCGCUCGUUCGGACAUUCACUGGAGUAGUGUUUAGGGGGAUAUACAUGUAUGUCGAAUUGAAAAAAUUUUUUAUUGUUCUUAUGUGAAUCGCGUACAUAUGUAAGAGAUAUUUACCUAUCAACGAGAACGAGGCGUGCCCUAAACAUUGCUUUCGACAGCUGCUGCCUUAUCGUAAUAAGGAUCGAUAGUCUUGUUAUGUAAAUAUAAUUCGGAUGCGUUUUCAUGCGUCAUUAUUUUCAACUGAUCCGCGGGCUUGAGAUUGUCUGAGGAAUCUCAGACGGUGCUCGAGAUGGCCUGAAAAAUAGACUUUCAACUCUGAUACGGCAGUACAGUUAAUCUUUUAACCUUUAACGAAACUCGAUAAAAUAUAUGAAUUUUUUACAAUUUUUAAUUUUGUAUGCGCAUUAUAAUUGAUAACGAUUACUCGCGACACAAUUUUAUCCGAAUGAUGAGAGAAAGAAAGAAAGGGAGGAGAGGGAAGCGUAUAUUUAUUCUUGUUUGUUCCUAUUUUUGAAGUUGAAUUCAUUGCGAGAUAUAUAUCGACUCGUAAUAUCAUGAUAAUAUAAUGCUAUCUAAUCUAUGUGUACAGCACCCUGAUGGUUUAAUGUGAUACCCUACAGUACUAUUAAAUAAAUUCGAAUAAUACAAGAGAAGCUAGAGGUUUAUAUAUGUAUAUGAACAGAGAACAAGAAAACGAGUGGUAUCCAAAUGUUCGAUGAGAAAGAGAAUAUUAAAAUGGGGGAAAAAAAAUGUCCUGCGAAUGUAGUAUUUCUUCAUUGUUCUUUUUCAAUUUUCUCUUACCAAAUGUUUGGAUCUCACUUUUCGUGUUUCUCGACGCAAUCGACGUCGGUUAUCGUUGUGCGCGUUCAAAGCUUUUACACACCGCACAAAUCUCAAUUCUCUUACGUUCGACGCUUCCACUGUUAGAGCACAUGCUCGGACUGGCGAUGUUCGAUACAAAAGCUUCAGUCAUAAAUGGUUCUUUCUUCUUUUUUUUUUUUUUAUUUUUAUUCCGCUUGACCUCCGAUCAUGGAAUAUUAUCUUUUUCGUCUAAUUUUAUCGAAACUGAGGCGUGCCCGCAGCACGCUACGAGCGUAAGAUGAGCGCAGCGAGAUCGAGAAUGCGAUUCAUUUCUUUUUUUAAGACGAAUGCGUUUGAUACGAGAGGAUAGGAUACGGCGAGUCCUUUGCGUAGGUACGCGAGGGCACAUAACACAAUAUGCGAUAUGAUAUGUAUUCAAGUGCGGCUUUGUAUCAACGAGAGAGAGCAUAGCUUAGCGUCUCACGCGCGCGUUUCAUAUGCGUGUUAUUCCGAUUUCCUUGUGUACGCGUAUUUGUCACUAUUUUAUUCCUUUUUUUCUCAGAAUUUAUAAGUGAAUAAAUAAAUAUUACGUUUGAACAGUG